GAUCCCCCGGCCCAAAGCAAGCUCAAACUUGUCUAUCCCCACACCAGCACGUACACACAAUCUUAUCAAACACUAUUUCCUUAUUCUGAACGUUUAACCUUUCAAACCUAUUCUUUGUUUCUUCUGAACUCUUAAAGAAGCAAUCGAGAUGGCCCCGAUUAAUUCAUCAGACCCACUUAUGGUUGGAAGAGUGAUCGGAGACGUUGUAGACAGUUGUUUGCAUGCAGUGAAAAUGACAGUGACUUAUAACUGCGACAAGCAAGUCUACAACGGCCAUGAACUUUUCCCUUCUGCAGUUACAAACAAACCAAAGGUUGAAGUUCAUGGUGGUGACAUGAGGUCAUUCUUCACUUUGGUCAUGACUGAUCCUGAUGUUCCUGGACCUAGUGAUCCUUAUCUGAGGGAGCAUUUGCACUGGAUUGUUACCGAUAUCCCAGGGACAACCGACGUGACAUUUGGAAAUGAAAUAGUAGGGUACGAGAUGCCUCGCCCAAACAUAGGGAUCCACCGAUUUGUGUACUUGCUUUUCAAGCAGAACCGUAGGGGAAGUGUUGUUUCUGUGCCGUCUUACAGAGACCAAUUCAACACUCGUAUGUUUGCACACGAGAAUGAUCUUGGUCUACCCGUUGCAGCAGUUUUCUUCAACUGCCAGCGUGAAACCGCCGCUAGGCGCCGUUGACUGACUUCGGCCGUCGCCCUAACUAGCUUUCUCCAUUCCCGAACAAUAUAGGUUGUUCCAUCCAUUCUACAUCUUAUUUACGGGAAGCUCUAUAUUAUCAUGUUUAUAUAUUUGUGUAUUGUACUGUUUGUGAUUUGAAUAAAUUUGGCUUGUCGACUUGUUAUUGUCUAUUUAAUAUUUUGGUGGAUAUUUUUGGUAUUUUAAUGUCAAUAUAUAUAUAUAUAUAUACACACAUAAUUGAACCCUACUAUUUCACAUGUAAUGCCUGUAAUAUCAGCUCCUAUAUGCCUGUAAAUGUGCUUUAUUUUUGUGUUACAACAUUGACCAAUAGUCUAAUAGUCAUGUUGGAUUUACGAAACACAAAGUCUGACGUUAGCGAGCAAAAUAAAACCUAGUUUGACUUGCGUGUUCUUUUAAUCAGAGACUUGCGGUUGAGGGUUAUAACACUCUAUUAUCGUUUAUGAGAAAAUAAUGCGGACACUAACUUGUAGACUUUUGAAGGUUUG